AUGGGCAGCCCGAAGCAUAUGUGUGAUUGGCUUUACGCGCGCCUCAUCUCCUGCCUCCACCACUGCGACAUUAGGCGAGCCUGCGUGCUGCUGGCGCUCUGCGUCCUGUGCGCGGCCGCCGCAGGCGCGGCCGCCGCGCACAGUGGCGCCGACGGCGCGGCGACGUGGGCCAACGCGCCGCGCCGCGCGCUGCUAGACGCCAAGAGCGCCGCGGCCACCGACGCCGCAAAGGGCGAGAAGAGCGACAAGUUCUUCGGCGCACCCCUGGCAGGGUUGGCGGCCGCCACCUUCCAGCCCUGGAUCUACCCCAGCUACCCUGCCUACAGUUACAGCCCGUAUGGCUACUACCCAUACCGCGGCGGCUACUACCCCUACCGCAGCGGCGGUUACUGGGGGCCCCGCUGGUACGACCGCGACGACAACUGGGGCAAGCGCUAA